AUGAUUCAAUUAGCCGUCUGCGCUAGAGUGAAUUAUGAAGGCAGAUUAAAUUGGCAAAAGCGAUGGAAAAAUAAAAAAGCCAUGGCUCUACCUGCUGUGAGGAGAAAUGAAAGAGCAAAUAAAUUAAAAUCUCAAAACAAAGGCUCAAAGAUUUAUGAUGGCGAUGGUAAAAAUUUGGAUACUUUGCUGAACAGCAGAAAGAACACCAAAGUCCUGUGGGAAAAUGCUGUUAGAAAAGUAUCAAGAGAACGUCGGAAAAAAAACUUGUCAGCUAUUGCAUUGUCGCUGGUUGACAAAAAUAAAUUUCAAGAUAUCGCCAUUACCAUAACACCACCUUCGUCACCUAAAAAAUUAAAUAACGACAGUUAUUGUAUUAGCAGUAGUUGGAACAAUAUAAAAUAUGAAAAACAAAACAAUUUCGUGCCAAUUGAACGGGAUACAGAUAAUUUUACAUCGAAUGGCUUGUGCGAAAAAAAAUUGGAACUUUAUGGUGACUGUUUCACUCAAGAUAAAGCUUAUUAUGAUGAAACAUAUGAUUCCAAUGCUAAACCUGAUUUUGCUUCUUUAUUCAAAAAAGGCCUCAUGUAUAAAGGAAUUUAUUGGCCAAGUUUAACUAACAGUUUCCAUUGCAAACAUUUGGAAUUGGCUUAUCUGAGAUACUCGCAUAGACAAAGGCAAAAGGCUUUGAUUAUUGUCAAUAUCGUAGAUCUACUUUUAAAGUUAGACGAAGACGAUGCUUGCAAAGUAAAGCGGAUUGUGGCUAAUAUAAUUCUGUACACGUGCGUGAAUUUUGCUGGCAUGUACACGAAAUACCUGACGGAUCGUAGCCAGAGAAAAGCCUUUCUGGAAACGCAUCGAUCCAUGGAGAUGCGGUACCGAACACAAGCUGAGAACGACAAACAGGAAAAACUACUCUUGUCAGUCUUGCCAGAUUUUGUGGCUAAAGAAAUGAUCAGAGACAUAGAAAGAGAAGAAAGAGGCGGCCAGUUUCAACCGCAUCAGUUUCACAAAAUCUACAUACAUCGAUACGAGAACGUCAGCAUUUUGUUUGCCGAUAUCAAAGGAUUUACUGUUUUGUCUACUAAGUGCACCGCACAAGAGCUGGUGAAAAUUUUAAACGAGCUUUUCGCUAGAUUUGAUAAGCUGGCAGCGGUAAGUGAACAACUGUGGAAUUUAAAAGGAUUUUUCCAAGAUUAA